UGUUGGGGCGGCAGCGGCCGGAGCUACUGAGGGAGUAAGGAGCCUUGGAGUAAGGCAAGGGUGAGGACGCCACUAGCGGGCCGACUCGGCCCACUCUGCGCCGCUCCCGCGGGUGAUCGGCGGUGAGCGGGCGGACCUGGAGAGUGUUCAGCACCAGCACCAACAUGCACAGCGCUCGGCUUGACAGUUUCCUGAGCCAGCUCCGCUGGGAACUGUUGUGUGCUCGGGACACAGCCUCACCUCCAAUGCCUGGCCCACUGCAACCAAAACCUAAAACUGAUCAAAAUAUACAGCCCAAGCGCCGGUUCAGGGCCUCCGAUGUUUUGGAAGAGGACUCUGUCUGCUGUGUAGAAGAGGAAGAGGAGGAAGGCUUGGUAGCAGAAGACAGGGGUGCACCGCUGGGGUGUCCUAGGGAACAUGCCCUAGAUUGGGACUCUGGCUUCUCAGAGGUGUCAGGCAGUACAUGGCGAGAAGAAGAGCUGUCUGUACCCCGGCGCCAGGCACCCCCAGAACGUCCACCUCAUAGCCAGCGUUUCUCAGUGAGUGACCUCCCCGUGCGCAGUAGGGCAGCUGUAACCAACAUACCUCCUGCCCACCGUCCAAGGCCCAAGUCCACCCCUGAUGCUUGCCUGGAACACUGGCAGGGAUUGGAAGCAGAGGACUGGACGGCAGCCCUGCUGAACAGGGGCCGCAGUCGGCAGCCCCUGGUGCUAGGGGAUAACUGUUUUGCUGAUUUAGUUCACAAUUGGAUGGAGUUGCCCGAAGCGACCAGUGAAGGAAGUGAUGGAGAUGUUCCCCGAGCCCGUGCUCGACCCCCCCAGUUCCUGCUUGGUCUCUCUGAGCAGCUACGGCGUAGGUUGGCCAGGGCUCGACGGACAGCUAUGGCAGGCAAGAGGUUGUCAUGCCCACCUCGCCCAGAACCUGACCUGCCUGCGGACAUUUCACGAUUUGCAGCCCUCAUGAACUGUCGAAGCCGCCAACCUAUUAUCUACAAUGAUGUCAGCUACCUCUGACCCUGCCCUCCAGCUAGAGACAAUAAAGUUUUUUGGUUUUUUUUCUAAA